UUAGUGAUAAGGUGUUAUCAGUAGUCUCUCUCGUAAAAAUUACACAAAAAUUUUGAAGUUCAAUCAAAAGUGUAAAUUAAAAAAUAUGUUGGAAAUUAAGUGAAUUAAAACUCAUCAACAUGAUUGUAAAAGCUGUACAGCAUAUAAAUUUCAACUCCCAACUACUUCAACGGUGUAAACUAUGUCGGCGAUUGGUUUCAACUUGGUCUCCUUUAGCCGUAGCCUUCAAUACAAAACCUACCGAGCGAGCUGAUUUUCAAUCUUUGUUGCAGCCAUCUGCUACUCAGGGUUUAUUUGGUAUUCCAUCUUUGGUAUCGUACCCGGGAGUAUACGCUCUGAAAGAAAGAGGUAUCGCCGAAUCAGAUAAACUUCUGGAUGAAUGCUGUGAUAAAAACCGAACCAGGAAAUUAGUACAAGUAUUCGAUGAUUUAUCCGAUAGUAUAUGUAGGGUGGCAGAUUUAUGCGAAUUUAUUCGUAUAAUGCACCCAGAGGCGGAGUUUUGUUACGCUGCAGAAGAUGCGUGUAUAGUAAUGAGCGGUAUUGUUGAAAAAUUGAACACCAAUAAAGAGCUGUAUGAUUGCAUCAAAGAAGCAGCAGAACAUGGUGACAAAUUUCCCAUGACUGAUGAAGAAAAGCACGUCAUCGAUUUAUUUAUUUUCGAUUUCGAGCAAUGUGGUAUUCACCUACCCGAAAAAGAUAGGACUGCUGUUGUUCAUUACAAUGACAGCAUUUUACAGUUAGGACAAAAGUUCAUGCACCGUGCAUCUCAGUCAAGAACAAUUGAUAAAGAUAUUAUUCCUCCAUCAUUACAGCAGUAUUACAGCGUUAAUCAGGAAGGCAAAUUAAUCGUUCACGGAUAUUCUGAUAUAACAGAUGAGUUUGGUAGAGAGAUGGCUUACAAAAUCUAUCUAGCUCCCAGCGCUGCUCAAAGUGAUCUAUUAGAUGAAAUAUUGACCUAUAGACAUAAAUUGGCACAAAAAUGUGGGUUUCCCACCUACGCUCAUAGAGCGCUUCGAGGUAGUACCGCUGAAACACCCGAAUUUGUACAUGAAUUUUUGAAUGGUCUUAAUAAAGAACUUAAAGACAAAGUUAACGAAGAUUUCGACUUAAUGCGAAAAGAAAAAGCAUCCGAAUCUAAUCGAAGUCUCGCAAUGUGGGAUGUGCCGUAUUAUACAUCGAAGUUGAAACGUAAAUGUUUGAAAUCCGAUUCCAGAGCGUACUCUCCGUAUUUCUCUCUUGGCGCAUGUAUGGACGGUCUUAAUAACUUAUUCAAUAAUUUAUUUUCAAUUUCGUUGGUUGAGGAGAAAAUGAAACACGGCGAAUCAUGGUCACCAGACGUGUACAAAUUGGCUGUAAAACAUUCAGAAGAAGGUUUAUUAGGUUACAUUUAUUGCGAUUUUUACGAACGUCCAGAAAAACCAUAUCAAGAUUGUCAUUAUACUAUUCAAGGCGGUAGACGUCUUUCUGACCAAUCUUAUCAAAAUCCAAUUGUGGUGGUCGUUCUAAACCUACCAAAACCGUACGGUGAUACGCCAUGUCUAUUAACUCCGGGUAUGGUUGAAAAUCUUUUCCACGAAAUGGGACAUGCGAUUCAUUCGAUGUUAGGUAGAGCAGAAUAUCAACACAUAACUGGUACGAGAUGUGUCACUGAUUUCGCCGAAGUACCUUCUGUUUUGAUGGAAUAUUUCGCUUCCAACAUCGACGUUCUGAAAACGUUUGCAAAACAUUAUAAAACCGAGGAACCAAUACCUGACGAAAUGUUGACUCAACUGUGUGAGUACAGAAAUAAGUUCGUGGCAUCAGAAUUACAGGGCCAGAUUUUCUAUUCGAUGUUAGAUCAUUCUUAUCAUACUCAAGAUACAGCUCCAGGGCGAACAGCUGAAAUUUUAGCAGAUGUUCAAUCGACAUAUUAUCCCGUCCCAUUCGUUGAAAAUACGGCAUGGCACUUGAAGUUUUCACAUCUUAUAGGAUACGGUGCAAAAUAUUACUCAUAUUUGAUGUCAAGGGCCAUCGCGUCGUCCAUUUGGCAGACGUAUUUCCGUAAUAAUCCGUUUGAUAGUAAAAUGGGUGAAAAAUAUCGACGUGAAUGUUUAGCUCAUGGUGGCGGUAAACCACCCAGACGUCUAGUCAAAGAUUAUUUGAAUAAAGAAAUAACUCCUAAAGGACUAACAGAAUCAUUAGUCAAUGAAAUCAAUGUACAUUAUGAUAAAAAAUCUUGGUAAUGUUAUUAAAUAUAUGAGCGAUGUCUUUUUAA